AUGGCAAGAGUACAAAAUGAUAUCCAAAUGAAAAAAUCUUUAAUCAAUGAAAAUCAAAAAGAAACUCAUAAACUUCAUUUAUCAGCACCAAUAGUUUGUGAUUAUAGUGAAUAUAAUAGUAGCACUGGAAUAGAUUCCACAUCAGAAGAAAUAGAUAUCCAAUCAGAUGAUGAUGAUGAAAUUGAAGUCGCAAAAGGAGAACAUUGGAAUUCUAUCAUAAAUGAAUGGAUAAUAAUGGUUCAACAAGAAAAUCAAUUUCAUGAUGAUGAUGAUGAAUACAUGUAUUCUUCAGAAUUGGAAGUAGGGUUUGAAUUAGGUGGAAGAAGAGUACAUCCUGCAGAAGACAAUUUGAUGAAAUGGUCAUUAGAAUCCCUUUUUAUUUAUGAAUUGGAGUCACCAACUUUUCUGGGUAGUGAUGUUAUUUUUACUGGUGCUUGUUGA